CAUGUCUAUCUGUGGCCCAUUUUUCCCAUUUUGGUUGCUGAUCAUUGUUCUAUUCUUUGUCGUAAUGGUUUUACUCUGCAAUUGAACAUAAUUUAAUGAAUAAGACGUUCACUUAAUGAACGAUUCGACCUCUCACCCCGGUCGGUUAAACUCAAAAAAAGAGGAAAGAGAGGGCUUGGAGUAUGUAAUGUAAUGAAACAAGGGGGUUUCACAAAAGCAAAAAGGUUCGACAAAGAACCAUCAAAAAACAUUUGAUGGUUCUUUACGUGAUUCUUCCCACCAAACCCCAAAUCCAAAACGUCAAAAAGAUCAGAACUUUCUCAUUGCUCCACCGGCGGUAUCCUUGUUUCUAUAACAUCCUAAGAGCCCUUUCUCCUUCCCCAUUUCCCUUCAUCUCUUACGCCCUUAGCUUUUCUCUCUCUUUCUCUGCUUCUGUUGCUGCCGAUGGAGUCGCUUUUGGUUCUCAAUCCCACUCCUUCCCCCGGCCACCCAUCCCCUUUGAAGCUCAAUAAGUCUACUGCUGGUCCUGUCCGCUACCACCCCAAUUCGUCUCUGCGGCUCGAUCCCUUGAUGGGUUAUCGUGCUUGUAAGGUCUCCUCUGUCGCUAACACUCUUACCCAUAAUGGGUUUCUCUCGCCGUAUCAAAGAUGUGCUUUGACUCGACGGGUUAUGGUGUUUUCCGCGUCGCAUGAGGAGUCGCAUUCAGAAUCUCAAGGGGAGAAAGAUGGAAAAGAUAUCAAUUUUGAUGCAGAAAAGCCACAAGAGUUAUGGAAAAAAGCUUUAGAUUCCUUCAAAAGACAAGCCCUGAAGAUGAAAGCCAUUUCAAAGGAAGCGUAUGAGGAAUACUCAGCGAAAGCAUUAGUUGCUCUGAAAGAAACUUCUAAGGUUUUGAAGAUUCAAGCUGAUAAGGCAAAGAAUGAUUUGAACUUUAUAAUGCAAGAAUGCGGUGAAGAAUGUAAAGAAUAUAUUGCCACUGUUGCAGAGAACUGUCCUGAAGAAGUUAAGGAGAUUGUGGAAACAUUUACUUCUCCAACUGCUGACUUAAGUGAUAUUUCAAAACUUCAAGACUUUCAUUAUGGUGUACCAUAUGGACUGGUCCUUUCUUGUGGUGGUUUCCUUUCCUUUAUGAUAACUGGAAGCCUUUCUGCAGUUAGAUUUGGAAUGAUACCUGGUGGUGCUUUGUUGGCCUUGAGUAUUUUAAGCUUGCAGUCAUACAAAAGAGGACAAUCACUUCCUCUUGCACUUAAGGGGCAGACAGCAAUUGCAAGCAUUCUAUUUCUUAGAGAGUUGCGCUUAGUGUUUCGGAGACCAUCAUUUGUUAAUCUCUUGACAACUUUGAUCAGUGCAACUAUGGUCUUACUUUACGUCCAUAGGAUCAUCCUGAACGCUCGCAUCAAAAAGGAAAGAUUUUAGUACAGAAUGAAAAAAAGGUUUUAUAGAUGCCAACGAACUUAUCAAUACUAUUGGGAAGACUCUUCUCUUCAUUCAUUGCUCGGGCGAGAUACUAGAAGCUACAAGCUUGAGAGUCCUCCUAAACAAAACAAACCCUAAGAAAAAUAUGGUAUAUGUUUUAAUGCUCGAGCAUGGUCGUGAUAGUUUUCACGCUCCAAACUUGAUCUUAUGUUUUGAACUGGUUUCUGCAAGUGUCAUAAUAAGCUCUAAUGAAAACCACAUUCAAAUUGUUCUUCCUCUGAA